CCUAUCAAGUUCAGUUUUAAUUUCUUCUAAUAAAAUGAAUAUGAAAAUAACAAAUUCCAUAAUCAUUUUAAUACUAAUAUGUUUUCUAAAAUUGAUCAAAACGGAGACAGAGGAACUAAAUACAAAUCCAGUUGCAGAAGAAAAUCAUAAUGAUUUAUUCAAUCAAAUCAAAACUAUCAAGGAAAUUUUGGGCCAACUAGACACGGAUGUUGAUAAGCUGCACAAGGGUAUAGGUCAACAAGCUGAUAUAGUUUAUGCCGACUGGCGCAACGAUGCAAAAGCUGAGGCAAGCCUUAACCCUGAAAUCCCUCUUAAUCAGAGUGAAAUAAUGGAAAACUGUUUUAAUAAUUUUAAUACAAAAUUAUUUAAUUUAAAUGAAAAUACGGAAAUUACACUCCAAACACAUGACAAUUUGCUAUGGAACAAAACUGAAGCGAUUUUCCGAACAAUUGCAACAAUGAACAAAUGUUUGGCUACUGAUAGCCACACCAAAAUAACCAAUAUUUUAGAGAAAUUGAACAAAUAUAUAGCACGCUGUGAUAUUUUAAAGAAGAAAGUAGUGAAUUUUAAUAAACAAGAAGAUGUUCUGGAGCAAAGCUCAAAAAACUUGUCCAAAAUUAUGACAGAAAUCAGCUCAAAGUUGGAUUCCCAAAAUCAAUAUUUUGAAAGUUUAGAAAAACAAUUACCUGUGCUGCAAGCAGCUAGCAACACUUUAGAUGACUAUAUAAUUCGGAAAAAUGAAUACCAUAGUUAUCAACAAAGAUGCCAAGAUACGGGAAAUUGUCAUCAUCGACACCAUUCUCGACAUUCACAUUAGGUUGAGUGGAAGGAAGUUAUUCGAAUUGGCUUAAUAAGUGAUUGCUAAAUAAAGUUGGAUGUUUCAUAAUUUUAAAUGUAUAGAUAAGUUAAUUAUGUGAAUAUAAUAAAUAGUCUAUUAAAAAUAA